AUGUUUUUCAACCUUGUAGCAGUCUUGCUAGUAAGCCUAGCAGCAGCUGAAGAUCUCAGUUUCACCUACAAUGGUUUUCAGUCUGUUAAUCUUAGCCUAGACGGCAUCGCAGGAGUGACACCAAAUGGUCUUUUGAGGCUUACAAACGACACAAGACAGAACCAGGGUCAUGCCUUUUAUCCCAACCCAGUAAACUUCAAGAGCUCACCUAAUGGCACAGUUUUCUCCUUCUCUUCCACUUUUGUCUUUGCCAUUAGAUCAGAAUAUGCAGACCUCAGUGGCCAUGGGAUCGUUUUCGUCGUUGCUCCAACGAGAGGGCUUCCCGGGUCUCUUCCGAGCCAGUACCUUGGCCUUUUCAAUGAGACCAACAAUGGAAAUGACACCAACCAUGUUUUUGCUGUGGAGCUUGAUACCAUUGAGAGCAAGGAGUUCAAUGAUAUCAAUGACAACCAUGUUGGGAUCGAUAUUAAUGGUUUGCACUCUGCAAACUCUACUACAGCUGGAUACUAUGCUAAAAACAAUGGCGGGUUUCAGAACUUGAAACUUAGCAGUGGCCAACCAAUGCAAGUUUGGGUGGACUAUGAUGGUACCAAGAAGCAAAUCAGUGUCACUUUGGCUCCAAUCAAAGUUGAGAAACCCCAAGCUCCACUUUUGUCCUUGAAUAGUGACCUUUCCCCGAUCCUUAACGAAACCAUGUAUGUGGGCUUCUCCUCGUCCACUGGCUCAAUCUUCACAUCUCAUUAUGUUUUGGGUUGGAGCUUUAAGAUGAAUGGCCAGGCUCAAGAAAUUGUUAUGUCAAAACUUCCCAAAUUGCCUCGGAUGGGAGGUAAAAAAAGGUCUAAACUUUUGACAAUUGGUGUGCCUAUUUUAUCUGUGAGUUUGGUUUUGCUAGUAGUUUCAGGUUUAAUUUAUUUCAUAAGAAGGAAGAGGAAGUUUGCAGAAUUACUCGAAGAUUGGGAGCUUGAGUAUGGGCCUCAAAGGUUUAAAUACAAAGAGUUAUACAUUGCCACAAAAGGGUUCAAGGAGAAGGAGCUUUUGGGCGCUGGGGGUUUUGGUAAAGUCUAUAGAGGCAUAUUACCGUCCUCAAAAAUUGAGAUUGCUGUGAAGAGAGUAUCGCACGAAUCGCGCCAGGGGAUGAAGGAAUUUAUUGCAGAAGUUGUGAGUAUUGGCAGGCUUCGCCAUCGAAAUUUAGUCCCACUCUUGGGCUAUUGCAGAAGAAAAGGGGAGCUGCUCUUGGUCUAUGACUACAUGUCUAAUGGAAGCUUGGACAAGUACCUGUAUGACCAGCCUGUGGUCACUCUCAACUGGAGCCAGAGGUUUAGAGUGAUCAGAGGUGUGGCUUCAGGGUUGUUCUAUCUUCAUGAAGGAUGGGAACAAGUUGUGAUUCAUAGAGAUGUGAAGGCCAGCAAUGUUUUACUCGACGGUGAAUUGAACGCAAGGCUAGGAGAUUUUGGCCUUGCCAGAUUAUAUGACCAUGGAACAGACCCUCAAACUACUCAUAUAGUUGGAACACUUGGGUAUCUAGCUCCAGAGCAUACAAGAUCAGGCCGGGCCACAACGAGCACCGAUGUGUUUGCUUUCGGGGCAUUUGUGCUUGAAGUAGCUUGUGGAAGAAGGCCAAUAGAGGCACUAGGUCCAGACCAGGAUUUGAUUUUGGUUGAUUGGGUGUUUUCUUUUUGGAACAGAGGUGCCAUUCUUGAGGCAAGAGAUCAAAACUUGAGUUCCGAAUUUGUAGCCGAAGAGGUGGAGUUGGUGUUGAAGCUUGGGCUGUUGUGCUCUCAUUUAGAGCCUACAGCCAGGCCAAGCAUGCGCCAGGUUGUGCAGUAUUUGGAAGGUGACGUUGCUUUGCCAGAGCUCUCUCUUCUUGGGCUCUCUUCAAGUGGCUUGACUUUUGCUCACCAUGAAGGUUUUGAUGAUUUUGCAAUGUCAUAUUCGUCUUCUCUGGGCAAGGGGUUUUCACAUUCAUCAUAUGCUGCAGAGUCCACACUCCUCUCAGGUGGUCGCUGA